AUGGUGAAAACAGUGGAUGCCGUCGGUCAGUCGAUUGGUCUGUGUUCCGAUCAGAACAGAGUGUCUAACCUUCAAGCAUGUCUUAACGCCAUUGGGAAUGCUGCAUUAGAUACGUCACAGUUCUGGUUCGGGACGGACUACAACCAGAGAUGUCCCCAGGGGCCCUUUACCCAGGGAUUCGGAUGCUUCCUGCCCCAGGGAUUCCAAAUACCCGAGAGCAUGAGUUCCUUAGUCUUCACUCCCGGGACCUUUGACCCUGUGACUCUCGAUCGGUACUUACAUGUUACGUUCACCUCCCCUGAAGGACAAUAUUACGCUUGUGGUAAUGACUUCGAGUUUGAAGAGACUAUAUCAUUCACCCUGGACCCGUUGUCAUCAGCAAAACAUCUGUGUUGGGAUGCACGUGAGAUGCCGGAAAUGACGUGGCAGAGCUCUCCCGGUGAACUGUUCUCGUUGCUAGUGUAUGACGUCCCUUACGGCUUUAUUCACGGUGUCUAUGUCAACAUUCCUGGGAACGACUUCACUAGAUCGGAGGUAGUGGAUCCUUACCACGGCCCCAAGAACCCUAACCGGUUUGGGAACCCCUAUGUGUUCCUGCUUUAUACCCAGCAGCAGAGGAUCACAGUUGACCCCAAAUUCUCGGAACGAAUACCCGGCCAACCUUUCAAUGUCAGUGAAUUUGCGGAGAUUCACAGUUUAUCAGGUCCUGUGGCGAUGAACUGGUUAUUAGCCGAAGGUGAUGCGUACGCCGUGGAGCAGCAGAAAUCCUGGGGUGUAGUGAACAACUGUCCAAUGAUAGUCUCCGAUGAAAAGGUAGAAAUUAAACGGACGGUUCGUGAAGAUGGAAAAGUAUCAAAUGCCUUUCUUUUUGCAAACGUAUCAGCCAAUCCACUUGGUGAUGGAUACAUACGUGCUGCGCUUGCGCGGGAUGAGCCUCAUGCAGAACUCACUAUCGCAAGACUAUCGUUCAUUCCUGUCGAUGAUUCAGGUAAGCUGUAUACAUUGAUCAUGGUCGAUCCGGAUACGGCAUCCUCUACGGUCGGGACGGGAGCGAGGCCGCUCUUGCAUUGGUUAAUGAUCAAUGUCCCGUAUGAUGACGUGAACAAAGGGAAUAACGUCAUGAGGUACAUCGGCCCGGCACCACCAGACCAGGUUCCUCAUUUUUACUACUUCCUGUUGUACGAGCAGACGGCACCGCUCACGGAAGAGGCGCACCGCCCUUACGCUGGACAGUCCUGCUCUGAGGCUCUUUUAUACAGUAAACCAUUUUGUCCUUUAAACAGGUGCCUAUUCGACGUGAACGGGUUCACCAUUGACAACAGCCUCAAACUGGUGGGUGCCUCGUGGUUCGUUAGCCGUCGCGAUGAAUAUGUUCGCUACGCGCGAGUUCAACUCGGCUUUCCGGAAGACGAAGAAUGCCGUGACGUUGCAGGAUAUAACGAUCCCUGUAUGGCCGUGGCAGGAAGUUCAAGACAUCACCCAUCCAUACUCGCAUGUAUAACUUCUGCUGGGGCCGUUGUGUUCCUCCUGCUUUUGAAAGAUGUAUAUCUGUGA